GAGAGAGAGAGAGAGAGAGAGAGAGAGAGAGAGAGAGAGAGAGAGAGAGAGCGAGAGAGAGCGAGAGAGAGAACUAGGAUAUAUAGCGGGCCCAGAAGAGAGGGGACACAGACGAAAAUGGAGUGUAGGGAGAAUUUGGUCCAGUGGCUGAGCUGGAUUCUGCUCCUUGGGGGUCCGCUGGUUUGCUGGCUGCAGCUAACCACGGAAAGGCGGAUGCUUUACGGCCGCUACACAAAGUCCGAGGACCGGUGUUUAGUGAACACCAAACUGGUCUGGAUGAUCCAAGAGGUGCCCUCGCUGCUUGUACCGCUGCUCCUGCUGCUCAGCACCGAGUCCCGGGCCGGAGUGGGCCGCAGCCUGCUGCUCGGAACCUUCUGCCUGCAUUACUUCCACAGGUCGUUCAUCUACGCCUGGCGGACCCGCGGGCGGCCGUUUCCUGUCCACAUCGCCGUAAAAUCGUUCAUCUUCUGCGGCAUGAACGGGCUGCUGCAGGGACACUACCAACUCCACUGCGCCCCCUCCUGGCAGAACCCCGUACGGAUGGCAGUGGGUCUGCUUCUGUUCUUUGCAGGUCUGAUAAUCAACAUCCACAGCGACCAUUUGCUACGGAGCCUUAGGAAACCAGGAGAAGUCCACUACAGAAUCCCCAGAGGGGGGAUGUUUGAGUUUGUGUCGGGGGCAAACUACUUCGGGGAGAUCCUGGAAUGGUUUGGCUAUGCUGUGGCCGUCUGGUCGCUGCCUGCAGCCGCCUUCUUUCUCUUCACCAGCUGUACCAUCGGCCCACGAGCCAUACACCACCACAGGUUCUACCAGCAGCAGUUCAAGGACUACCCUCAGUCCAGAAGAGCCCUGAUUCCUUUCCUUCUGUAGCACCUUGCAUAAUUUAUGAAAAAAAACUGCAUAUCAUUAUACAGUUUGUUUCAGUUUCUAUUGUAUGCACUUGUGAUUUAUUGAAUUACACGAUAUGAUUAACAUUUUGGCUUUAAGCUAAUAUAUAUAUUUUAUUUUGUAUUGUUUUUCUUUACUUUUUAGACAAGCUAUUUUGUAUUCUUCCGUGUGUGGAAAUUUAACAAACACCAGCAAACGUUUUUUUUUUCUUUAUUUGUUAUGAACAGCAACAAUUUCACACAGACUUUGUUGGAGAGUUAAAUAAAGGCAAAUUGAAUGGUUACACAGGUGUGUGUUAGUGUAGAUGGGGGCAAGAGAGUAAGACAUUUUGCCCCCUGUCUUCUGGAGGUAGAACUGGUGAACCGUUAUAUCCUACCAAUAAAUUGGUCAAGAACUACUAUAAAUUACGA